UCGCGCUCCCCACCAACAGCAUAAAGUUGGCAAACAGUUUUUUCCAGACGCCGCCAUUUCACCCGCCUCAAUUUUCCAACCGCCCGAUUAAUUUCCCGUUACCAUAUUAUAGUUUACAACCCCUACCUGAUCCUGCCGUGUCGUGAAUUGUGUUAAGGGUGUUAAGGAGCAGUGCGCGGCGUCUCUCCCUCGUCUGAUAAAGGCGUCGUCCCGAAAAUAAGGGGUGCGGUGCUCGCUCCUCGGCGUGGCCCGAUCAACAAGUGUGUUGCGAGCCGACUCUCAACCUGAGACCACGAAAUUUGUUUGAAUCUUCUGACAAGUUGAUAAAUUAACAACUGUCAGGAUGGGGUGCGCUGUCAGCUCCGAGGGAGACAAAGCGGCCGUCGAGAGGUCGAGGAAGAUCGACAAGGACCUUAGGGCGGACGGCGAAAGAGCCGCCAGGGAGGUCAAACUCCUGCUCUUAGGCGCUGGCGAAUCGGGCAAGAGCACCAUUGUCAAGCAAAUGAAGAUAAUUCAUGAAACUGGCUAUUCCAAAGACGAGUGCGAGCAGUACAGACCGGUUGUGUACAGCAACACUAUUCAGAGUUUGAUGGCCAUCAUCAGGGCUAUGGGUCAGCUGAGGAUCGAAUUUGCUGAUCCGAGCAGAACGGACAUGGCCCGCCAGUUUUUCACUCUGGCCAGCGCAGCUGAGGAAGGGGAGUUGACGCCCGAGCUGGCGAUGCUGAUGAAAAGACUCUGGCAGGACGAAGGCCUCCAGUCCUGCUUCUCCAGGUCGCGCGAGUACCAACUGAAUGACUCAGCGGCCUACUACCUGAAUGCUCUUGAUCGAAUCUCACAACCUUCGUACAUUCCCACUCAGCAGGAUGUGCUCAGGACGAGAGUCAAAACUACAGGCAUUGUCGAGACGCACUUCAGUUUCAAGGGACUCAACUUCAAAAUGUUUGACGUUGGUGGACAGAGAUCAGAAAGGAAAAAGUGGAUUCACUGCUUUGAAGGAGUCACAGCUAUCAUUUUCUGUGUUGCGUUGUCAGGAUAUGAUUUGGUUUUGGCUGAGGAUGAAGAAAUGAACAGGAUGAUUGAAUCAAUGAAACUUUUUGAUUCUAUUUGCAAUAGCAAAUGGUUUGUAGAAACGUCAAUCAUCCUUUUCCUCAACAAGAAAGACCUGUUUGAAGAUAAAAUCACUAAGUCACCACUGACCAUCUGCUUCCCGGAAUAUACAGGCUCAAAUACUUUCGAAGAAGCAGCGGCCUACAUUCAAAUGAAAUUUGAAAACCUGAACAAAAAGAAAGGCUUCAAGGAAAUUUACACUCACUUUACGUGCGCCACGGACACAAACAACAUUCAGUUUGUAUUCGAUGCCGUCACUGACGUGAUCAUUAAGAACAAUCUCAAAGACUGUGGACUCUUCUAAUCGACUUGUUCGAGCCUUUGUAAUAUAUCUAAGCCAACGUUUCAAUCGCUCAACGUGAGCAAGAAUUGCCUAGCCAUGUGAACGCCAAUUUUAUCGCCAACAGUAUUCUCUCCAGUGUGCAGGUACUGCCAUCUUAUUCACUGUAAAUAUUCUAAAAUGGAACGGAGGAUCUGCCAUGACAUUUGAGCGCAUUUUCGUACUCUUUAAUUUUCGUAAAAGAUCAUAACUACGAGCUUGAGAUUUUACAUUUCAAAAUAUUUAAAUCGAUUUAUAUAUGUCUGAAUCUCCUUAUUUUGAUCUAAAUACUAAGCUGAUCAUAUUUUGUAGCCAAAUCUAAUGCAUCAAUCGCCGGUAUAUACUCUCAAAACACCUUGAUAUCCAAUUUCAGCCAAUUUUUGCCUUGCAGUCGUAUUUUAUAAAUACGAAAUAAAUUUACUGCAAUUUAGUUUCACUGUGCCUUAACGCGAAGUUGGAUAGCGAUGUGAUGCGAGUUCCAAAAUUAUUAAGAAAAUUAAAAAUACAACAACAGGUGCACUGAGCUCCAUAAAAUCACACAAGCAUCCAUGUUAAUCUUUUAAGUCAUUCCUCGAGACGCAUUUAUUUAUGAUAUAGUCGAAAAUAUUGUUAACCUGUAAGUGUGCCUUUGGUAAUAUUAUGAGGGAAAUCUCUCUUUUUGACAAUGUUUUGCCAAGAUCUUGCUGCUACGCAUAAAUGUUCAGGGUGCCAAUAUUUGCUCUACGUAAUGUAUUCAUUUUAAUAAUAUUCUUUUGUACAAUGAUUAAUACUAUUAAUACUUGGAUAAAACUCAUGGAAGUGUCAAAUACAGUGUGAAUAAAUUGUUUAAUUUUAUUAAGGAUAGAAA